CACCGCACGUCUGAAGAAAACGCGCGGUAUAGUGGAAUGUGUGAGAGGAGAAACGGAAUGGUACAACCCAAACAGGAAGUUGUAGUGUCUCUACCAUGGCGACGAGGACGCCACAAGCGUGUAUUUACAGAGCAACUUUUAUCAUUUUAUUUCAACUUAGUGCUUAUUCUGGUCAGCUAUUCACAAUAUCCUUCCAGGGGUCGUCAGACUGUGGGAAAGAAAGCUAUUUUGACAUUUCAAGUUUAUCCUGCAUUAAGUGUGGACCAAAUCAAGUCACUAGUAAAUCUGGUCUGAGCUGUGAGUGUCAGGUUGGGUAUCGCAUACUUGUCAGCAAUGGCGCGUCGGUCGCCUGUCAACGAUGUCCCGAAUCAAAACCGACGGUGACACAGGAUGGCUAUGGCUGUAUUCGCUGUCCUGGUGCCAUUGGAGAAGAUGGCACAUGCCAGUGUCCGGCCAACCACAUCCUGGUGGAGAGAGACAGCAGGGGAAACAUUCAAGAGGAACCCACGUGUGAACCCUGUACCAACUCUGAUCCUGCCUUAUCGGCCCCAGAUUCCACAGGAAGCAGGUGUGUGAGAUGCCAGGACACGUUCAUUAACACAUCCCUGUCUUGCCUAUGUGGAGGCUCCAACAUCCUGGCUGGAGGACUGUGCCUUCCCCCCAACAGUCUCCCUAACAAUGUGGUUGCCAGCGUCAUCUUUGCUCAACUGGCUCUUCCUGUUCAAUCUGUGUGGUUCUCCAGUUUUCUCUACUCAUCAGCAGCGGCCUGUUUGUUGUUCUCUAACAGGACGGCAUGUCAGGCGUUGGGGAACAUGUGUGUGAUGAACAUGUACUCCACCAGCACUGUGAGCAAUGAUGCCUGUGGCCUCUAUAACACAAUCUUCAGAACCACUGCCGCUCAAGGCCACACCCAGGACAUCACGCACUGGAGAACACAUAUGCCCUGGCUAUAUUAUGGAGACCAACCUGGUUUGGCAUCACGUGUGUUACAAACUCAACCACUCCCUAUUGGCUACAGCUUCAGAGGAACCUAUCAGAAUACACAGAUUCAGCUCAUAGCUGCUGUUUACAAUGCUGGAGGACUAUUCUUACGAUGGGAAAACCUUACAAGAGGAGCUGUACAGCUCUGUCCAGACACCGCCACCAGGCAACAAGCUGCUUACACCUUUGGGACAGCCUACAAGCAAAGUUGUGUGUUGCCUGUCUCUGAGGUACUGGCCCGUUUCCCAGAGCCCUUGUUCUAUGAUGUCUUUCUGGUGCUGAGGUCCUCUCAAGGGGAGAGGCGUCUUGUGGCCCUGCCUGUCCUAAACUUUAACCUGCAGUUCAAUGGACAAUUUGUCAAUCAAGGCUCCAACAUGAAUAACUGGUACCUGACGCGCAGACUGAUGAUCGUGGACACGCUCAGUGGGAGAGAGAAGAGUUUGAGCGCCACCCCCAGAGUCAUACGCGUGGCCACAGACAUCCGGAUAAGGUUCCAGCUGGUGCCGCUGACGCAGCGAGGCGAGGUGUAUCCUCCUCUCGUCACUGUCUCCUACACAGACAUCCUCAUCACCGACCCACUCACACAGACCAUCUCUGUGGCCUUCUCUAUGGAAUAUGAGAUGGAUCAAAAUGAAGCUCGGGUGAAGACUGAUAUUGCUCUGGGUGUUUUAGGUGGUGUAGCUGUUAUCUAUUCGCUGGUAAAGACCGCCAGCUGGAAGAGAAGAAUCGUCUCUCAAAUGAUUGACCUGGAGACCAUUGUGAAGUUUCUGCUGUUCUAUGCUGGGGAUUUGGCCAAUGUUUUCUUCGUCAUCACCGUGGGAACUGGCCUCUACUGGCUCAUUUUCUACAAGACGCUGGAGGCUCAGCAGUUUGUAUCUGUGUUACUGCCGUUGCCUCAGCAGGAGGAGAGGUUUGUAACAUAUGUGGGCUGUGCCUUCGGUUUCAAGGCAGUGCAGUUCCUCCACAAGCUCCUGCAGCAGCUCUCUGUGGAUAUAUUCUUCAUAGACUGGGAGAGGCCCCGAAGCAAAGCACUCAAGCCAAUGGAGGGAGGCGGUGAGGGUAGAAGUGCGGCAGCUCCGGUCAGCAUCUGGAGGACCUACUUUGUGGCAAACGAAUGGAACGAGAUCCAGACGCUGCGCAAGAUCAGCCCCACCUUCCAGGUGCUGUGUGUGCUCUUCCUGUUGGAGGUGGUGGGCUUCUCCAGCCUGGCUCUGAGGGACCCGUGGUCCACGCUGCGUCGCCCGCCUGGCGCCUACACCCCACCCGACAGCCAGGUGCUGCGCUUCGGCCUGGCCUCCUGCCUCUGGCUCAGUGUGGGCCUGCUGCAGGUGGUGUUCUUCACAGUUUUUCAUGAGCGCUUUGUUGAGGAUAAGAUUCGUCAGUUUGUGGAUCUCUGCUCCAUCAGCAAUGUCUCUGUGUUGGUACUGUCCCACCGUUGCUUUGGUUACUACAUCCACGGCCGCUCUGUCCACGGCCAUGCUGAUACCAAUAUGGAGGAGAUGAACGCUAACCUGAAGAGAGAGGCGGAUAAUCUAUGUGGGCAGAGGGGCCUGUUGCCAAACUCAGACACUCAAACCUUCCAGAUUGCCAUUACUGACCGCCUAAGGAAUCAGUACGAUCGCAUCCUGGAGCCUCUGAGCCGAAGGAAUGGCCCCUCAAGAUUAGUGGAUGCCUCUGCCAAUCCAUUUGAGCAGAGCACGAAGGCGUACCAUACCAUGAACCGGUUCCUCGGGUCCAUCAUCGACCAUGCGCACCAUGAGAUGGAUUACAUCGUGCGGGACAAGCUCCUGCUCGAGAGGGUCAUUGGAAUGGAGUUUAUGGAACCCAUCGAGAAGAGCAUCUUUUACAACGAUGAGUCGCACUCCUUCAGUGAUGUGCUGUUCUAUGGGAAUGAAGCGACGCUUCUCAUCUUUGACACGCUCUUCUUCUGUGUGGUGGAUCUGGCCAGCCAGAACUUCAUCCUCGCUGCUGCGCUCACCUACCUACAGCAGAUGGUAUUUCGUCUCAUCCGUGAUGCAGUUGGCAGGAAGAAUCUGGCUGCUAAAACUCUGGUGGACAAGCGAUUUCUCAUCUGAUGUUUCUCAGGCAACAGCCUGUCACCUCAUUGCUGUCAGCACGAAAUGCCUUACAGCAGAAUGCUCUGAUUCUAUUACAGAAUCACAACAAAAAAAUGAACACAAAGCACCAAGGCUACAUGUUAGCGCUUCUCUUGCUGGGAGUGUGAAGUUAGCCAGGUAGUGUGACUCAGGCUUGACAUCCAGCAGGCGUAGUGAUGUCAGAUCUAAAACCAUCACAGUCACCACUUGAGCGCCUAGGCUGGCUUUGUAUUUCCAAUCCCAUGGUGCCAGGUCAGGGUGCAGCUCUGUUAAAACCCCAAAUCCUUCCAGAUUGUUUUUAAAAUUCACAUGCUUGUGUGUGUGAUUUUGAGUAAUUUGCGCUCUUGUUUCAAUGUAUUUGUAUUUGUAGAUACUUUUUUUCUAUAUUUCUUGCCACAUGAUGUUUUUUAAGGAAUAAAAUAGAUGUUUUUUAA